AUGAGUUCGCUGCAAGAGAGGCUGCAGUUAAAACGGGUUCCCUUGGACACAUGGAAUAUCAGGGAGCAGUUGUGCCUGGCUUCAGCAGUGGUUAGAAGUGGUGAUCAGAAUUGGAUGUCGGUGUCGCGCGCUUUCAAAACCGUCGGUGAACCGAACAGACCACCGGAUUGGUAUUCACAGAAGAGCUGUGCUGCGCAGUAUGGAGCCCUUUUGGAGCAUGUGGAGACACCAAAAAGGAAAAAGAGGAGCUCGGAGGGUGCAGUGGAAACUCCACAGGAGAGCAUCCUGAAAAGGCUUACCCAGGAGAGGAUUGCGGAGAUCCAGAAGAGUGUUGCCGAUAUGACUCAGCAGUAUGAGCAAUUGCAGAAAGAGAUAGCCGAAGUCAGCAAUCCGUCCACUGCCGAGGAGCGCGUCCAGGAACUGUGGGCGGGCAUAGAGGCGGCGAAGCGCGCGAGGGAGCGAGAGAGCGCUAGGCGGGCCGCCUGGCUGAAAGAGAGGGAGGAGAGACGCGCUAGGGCCGAACGUACCUGGCGUCCCCCACAGCAGCAGGGCUCUCCUGUUCCCGUUGCCUGCCCAGGCAGCCCAUUGCAGCCUUCUUCGCCACUGCUCACUUCGCUGCUGAAGUCGUCGCCCGUUGUCACAACGCCCCAGCACAUUUCGCACCCCGCCAACGUAGUGGACACCAUUUCCCCGUCGGCCGGUGCGCCCACCCUGUCGAUGCUGCUCGAGAAGCCGCAGGGCGGGGGCAGCCCCCACGAGAGCAAGCACGCCGCCAUCGAGCACAUAAAGAGCCAGCUGGUGCAGAUCGAGCAGCAGCUGAAAGCGAGCACGUCCGUGGCGGCCGCCCCGCCCCCCGCCCCGGCUGUGGACAUCGACGACAUCGAGAUAAAGGCCGAGGACGUUUACGCUUUCCGGGACAUCGAUAUACACAUACCGCCCGUCACGGCCAUGCACAAGGCGGCCGCCAGGAUAGAGAAGCCAGUCUUCAAGAAGGAGCAAGUGGAGACGCCAUCCGAACUGGUCGAAACCAUCAGCGACGCGGACAUUAAGGUGGAGCCGGUGGCUGCGGACGCGGUGGAGGAGAUAAUGGAGACAGAAAUUGAGACCAGCGAAGAGGCCGUGGAGGAGCUACGCCAGCGGCAGCCCGAGGCGGCGAGGGUGUUGACCCCCGAAGCGGAGCUGACGGUCUCCUUCCCCGAGGUGAAGUUCCCCACGCCGGAGAUCAAGGUGAUACAGCCGGAGGACCAGGAGCAGGUUAAAGAAGAGAUCAAAGAGCCGGAAGCGCCCGCCCCGCCGGAAGCGGAGAAAGAGGAGGAACAGCAGAUCGUAGAAGAAGAACCCGAGUCGGUACCAGAGCCGGUAGAAGAAGAGAGCACCGAACAAGUUGCCGAACCGGUCGAAGAGGCGGCCAAGGAAGUGGUCGAGACGCCCGCAGAAGAGGCGGCAGUGGAAGAGGAAGAGGUCGUCGAAGAGAAGGAGAAGGAGGAAGAAGAAGUGGCGGCUCCAAUACCGGAGGAGAUACCUCUCCCGCAGGAGGUCAAGGAAGAGCCAGCGGAAGUGACUGCAGAAGAAACACCACCAGCGGUGGAAGAAACUCACGAACCCCCGCCCAAAGAGGAGAUAGUAGAAGAGAAGGAACAAGAGGAGGAGGCGAAGGAGCCAGCGGAAGAGAGCGAGGCGGAAGCGACAACUGUGGAGGAGAAGUUGAUAGAGGAUAUUAAGAAGGAUGAAGACGAGGAUUCAAUACCGCUGAAGGAGAUGAUGAGGGAGGGGUCCAUGGCAUCGGCGGCGGCGGCAGCGGAAGCGGAAGCGGCGGCGAUUAAGACCGAGCGGCCAAUCGAUACGGAAGACACGCACACGGAGACCGACGACGAUACGCCUAUGGAACUGAGCCGCGAAGAAGAGAAGGACGGCAAGAAGAAGAGGGAUUACUCCAGAAAGAAGAAAUCUGAAUCCAGAACAUGUUCCGGAUCGGAGAGCGCGGCGGAGGCGAGCGCGCCGGACUCGCCGAGCGCCAGCGACGCGGAGCGGCAACACCGCCUGUGGCGGAAGAGCGUCAUGCUGGUCUAUAGCAGGUUGUGCGCCCACAAAUACGCGUCGCUGUUCCUGCGGCCGAUAAGCGACGAGGAGGCGCCAGGGUACAGCGUGGUGGUGAAGAGGCCCAUGGACCUGACCACCAUCAGGCGGAACAUCGACGCGGGCCUCAUACGCACCACUGCGGAGUUCCAACGGGACGUGCUCCUGAUGCUCUCCAACGCUCUGAUGUACAACAGCAGCGAGCACAGCGUCUACAGGAUGGCGAGGGACAUGCACGAGGAGGCGCAGUGCCAACUGGGCAUGCUGCUGGCGGCGCAGGCCCACGCCGGCCUAGUAGCGGCGCCGCCAAGACGCAAGCGCCGAGCGCCCACCUCCACCGUCCGCCACCAGCGGCCGUCCUCUGACCUCGCCGCCCACCAGCCGAAGCGCCACCACCAC